UUUGACAGUCGGAGGAACACUAUCAGCUGAGACCCCCCAAAGCUGUCACCUUCUGGCACCAGAGAUGACAGCCACGAUGGCUUUCCUACUCCUGAGCCUUCUGAGGAUGGUGGCUCCCAAGGGAGUGUGGUGCCCAGCCUGUGGGCUGGCGGCCCUGGCGCCCACCACGCAGCGGGAUGUCCUCAUCGCGCUGGCAAAGCAGAGCAUCCUCUCCAAGCUCCGUUUGCCAGACAGGCCCAACAUCACUCAGCCCACAUCCAGGGAGGCCUUGCUGACUGCUCUCCGCAGGAUGCGUGCGCAGCACACGGACAUGGCCGUCUCUCCAGGGAUGCCCCAAGACAGCAGCAUCCCACACCUGCGUCCUGGGAUGGGUGUGCAGGAAUACGAGAUCUUGAGCUUUGCCGAGUCAGGGUCCUCUACCUCCCGCAGCGUUCGCCUGCUCUUCCGCUUCACUGGGGAGCUGGCUGGGAGCACCGAGAUCCUGCAAGCCACCCUCUACUUCUUCUGGGCAGUCCCCGGCCCUGGGACGCAGCCUGUCACCGUCAGACUCUUGAAGCCAGACCUGAUGGGGCUGAACACAACUGUGGUCAGCGAGACACGGCUGGAGGUGCAGAGGGCUGGCUGGGCCACACUGGACGUGGGCCGAGCUGUCCAGAGCCUCUUUGGCCAAGGGAGCCAGAGGCUCAUUGUGGAGCUGGAGGUGGCAGAGGACUGGGGAGCUCCCAUUCUGGGUGGCCACAGGGAUUCCCACUGGCCAUUUGUGGCAGCCCAGGCCCGGGCCAGGACACCCCACCGAGUCCAGCGGCGUGGCAUUGAUUGCAGUGGGGACUCUCGGAUGUGCUGCCGCAAGGAAUUCUUUGUGGAUUUCAAGGAGAUUGGCUGGGAGGACUGGAUCAUACAGCCGGAGGGAUAUCACAUGAACUACUGUGCGGGACUCUGCCCCCUGCACAUGGCUGGCAUCCCUGGCCUUGCUGCCUCCUUCCACACUGCUGUCCUCAACCUCAUCAAAGCCAAUAACGCAGACGCAGCUGUGGACUCAUGCUGCGUGCCCACGCAGCGUCGCCCCCUCUCUCUGCUCUACUAUGACCGGGACAGCAACAUUGUCAAGACUGACAUCCCCGACAUGAUUGUCGAUGCCUGCGGUUGCACCUGACUGGCUACCUGAGGAGGCAGGAGGGCAGGACCUGUGCUGCACAGGGAUCCCCUCCUCCUGGCCCAUCUCUGGCAGCGUGAGACCUGGUGAGCUGCUGAGAGUUGGGAACCCUGCCAAGGUGUUUUCUCCUCCUGAGGCUGAAGUAUCAAAGAUGAUGCUGAAUCAGAUGAUGCAAGUCCUCUCCUCCCUCACCUUCCACACGGCUCUCUUCCCCCUUCAGAUCUGCCCAUGGAUUCCUCUCUGCCCAAGAGCCAUGGCCUCUGAAAACAGCUUGUGAUGGACACUAGACCCUUCUGCCUGCAGAACUCUGCAGACCACGACUCCUCGGGCGGCUCAGGGCAGCCCCGGCUCGCUCUGCUGCUGGUCCCAGACCAAGGCCAUGGUGCAGCCCUCAGUGCUGCAACAUGAACAUGUGCUCUUCAGGUAACGGGUCCCAGCAGCGGCCACCUCAGGAGGAGAUAGAAGCUGAAAAGAUGCUGGGAGAUGGCUAGGCCAGAGGGGAGAGGGCCGUCCAUGGGGCCCCACUCCUCAGCUGGACAUAAGGUUGAGGGGGCUGAGGAAGGGGAAAUUGAUCCCAGUGGGAGGAAAGUGUCUCCUUCUCCAAGCAUCCCAGCUACCUGGUAUUAAAUAAAAGCCUCCCAGCUGUA